AUAUUUUACUUCCUUCACAUGAACCAUCACCCCUAUCCCCACCCCCAAAACCACGAUUUAUAAGACCCUCUCUCUCUCUCUAACCCUCAAGCAAGAAAUAUCGCCGUUUGAUCUUUAUUCAAGAGAUCAAAAAUGCUUUCUACUCGACAACAAUCAUCAUCUAUCUUACUAGAUAGAAUCAUCACAACCACCACGAGCGGUGGCGCCGGAGGAUGUGGAGCUAUCAUGUCAAAGCCAUGCGUCACCAGUCCGGUUCCUGAAUCCGUUGCCAGGUACCAUACCCACCCAGUUGGCCCAAACCAGUGCUGUUCCGCCGUGAUCCAACAGAUCAACGCUCCAAUCUCGACCGUGUGGUCCGUCGUCCGCCGCUUCGACAACCCACAAGCCUACAAACAUUUCGUCAAGAGCUGCCAUGUCUUAGUCGGAAACGGCGACGUCGGAACCCUCAGAGAAAUCCAUGUCAUCUCCGGCCUCCCCGCCGCUAGAUCCACCGAACGUCUGGAGAUCCUAGAUGACGAACAACACGUCAUCAGCUUUAGUGUCGUUGGCGGCGAUCACCGUCUUGCAAACUACCGUUCCGUCACCACUCUUCAUCCUACACCCGACGGAAACGGAACAGUAGUCGUCGAAUCAUACGUCGUUGAUAUACCACCGGGGAAUACAAACGACGAAACCUGCGUCUUCGUUGAUACAAUUGUAAAAUGUAACCUCCAGUCACUAGCUCAGAUCGCUGAGAACAAGCUCCAGCUAAAGUGAUCUUGUAAUCGAGAUUACAAAUUUGUGAACACCAAUCUCAGUAACACGUACAUCAAGACAUUUCCAUCGAAGACAGAUAGAGAUGCAAUACAAAUGCAGAGCCAGCCGACCAAUUAAAUCCUUCUUAUAUUUUAUGUGGGUGUACAUUUUCAUCAUCAUUUUUGUGAAUUCAUGCGACUUUUUUGUAGGUUGUUUUUAUUGUUCGAUUUGGCUAUGAAGAACAUUAUCUGUUAAGAUACUAUGAAGAAAGAACGUGUGCUAGCUCCCUCUUAUUCUUGCUCCAAUAUUUUACAUAUUUUCCACCCGAUUUCUUUUUCACCAACUGAAAUAUGCGAUCAAAAUGUAUAGAAAUGUGUAUUAACUAAUAAAAAUGUUUGAUUUUGUUAA